AUGGCAAACAGGCCUCCAGAGAAAGAGCAAGUUCGUAUCAUUGUUAGAAAUCUACAUGAAAGGCUAUUACAGAAAAUAAUAGUCCUCCCACUAUUCAACUUUAAGGACCUCCAUGAAAUUAGGAUUCAAAUCGAGGAUAGUAUUAGACAAGGGAUCAUUGUGGAAGGUAAUGAGCCUAUGAGGAAGAAUGUUGUUCGUGGUUCCAAUGCUAAUACCAGUGGUAGCACAACUGCGAAAUGCUUAGAUAUCAUGGUGAGAACAAGGGCAGAAGAUGGGGAGGAUUCAACCUCCGCACGACUUAAUAGAAUGAAGACAAUGAUCAUGGACAUGACAGAGGCCUUUAGACUACAACAGCAACAACCACCGCCACCAAUGGCCGUGCCACCACCUAUAGUGCAAGACCAUCAUGCCGACGACCGAACUAUUGCUCUCACAAAAGAAUUUAAAAAGACGAAACCGCCAUCGUUCAAUGAGGGAAUUGAUCCAUUGAAGGCGGAGGCGUGGGUGUUUGGUAUCGAGAAAUUGUUUGAAGUCUUUCCAUGUACGGAGGCAAGAAAAGUCUUGCUAGCUGCCUUUACAUUAAAGGAUAAGGCGCGCCGUUGGUGGAUGCUUAUUCGAGGAGAACAUCAAAGGAUGAAUUGGGCUCAAUUUUUGGAGAUCUUCUAUGAGAAGUACUUCCCACAUAGCAUCCGAGACAGGAAGGUGUUAGAGUUUGAAAACUUAAAGCAAGGGAACAAAACCGUAGUGGAGUGUGAGGUACAGAAAUAUGUGAAUGUAUUGGAUAAGGCCAUCAUAGCAGAAGGCAACCAAGCCAGCCGUAACUGGUACUCAAAUUGGAAGGGCAAAAGGCAAGGCUCCAAUGUGCACAAAGGGUCGGCGUCCUCGCAAAGUAAGAAGCAAAAUUUGGGAACUUCCAACACUUUAGGUUCUACUCGUGAUUCGGCACCAACUUGCCCGGAGUGUGGAAAAAAGCACCACGGGGUUUGUUAUCAAGCAUCAGGAGCUUGCUUUAAUUGUGGGAAGACGGGGCAUAUGGUGAGAGAUUGUCCUAUGUUUAGGCAACAAAAAGGUAAUAGGCCAACUGCUAGUUCAGCCGGUUCCACUCUUGCAACGAAGACCCUGGGAAGGCCUACUACUUCUAGAGACAAUGUUAGGCAAGGGAGAGUCUUUGCUCUUGUUCCGGGUGAUGUCCAAAAUUCAGACGCUGUGGUUUCAGUUACGCUUUCCAUCAAUGGCCAACCUGCUCAUGUGUUACUUGAUUCAAGUUCCACUCAUUCCUUUGUUUCAAAAACAUUUGCUCCUAAUUUGAAUAGAUCUAUGGAACGCUUGAAUUAUGUGUUAUGCGUGUCACUCCCAUCCGGGGACUAUAUGCUAUGUGUUUUUAUAUAUCCUGCAUGUGAGCUUUUACUUGGAGAUAUUCCAUUGUAUGCUAAUUUGAUGCCUCUUGAUAUGGAACACUUUGAUAUAAUUUUGGGAAUGGAUUGGUUUUGUAGGGGUUAUUUGUGUAGCAUUUUACAUGCAAAGACAACUGAGGUGGGUGUUGAAAAUAUUCAGAUUGUUAGUGAGUUUCCAGAUGUAUUUCCCAAAGAAUUGCCAAGGGACUUGAUAGACCGUGAGAUUAAAUUUGUAACUAAUAUUGUACCGGGUACUCAACCUAUUUCCAAGGCUCCAUGCAGAAUGUCUCUGGCAGAAAUGAAGGAAUUGAAAAUACAGUUGCAAGAAUUGCUUGACAAAGGGUUCAUCUGA